CAUAGUAGCAAUAAAAUACUAUACAUCAACAUCAUGAAUCAUCAUCAUCACCCAUCAUUCAAUUCUGUCUCACUUUCACAUACACACGCGCACACACCCAAUCUCCCCUCUCUCUCCCUCUUUCUCUCUCAGUAGCUCGCUCACUCACUGAAUUCCACUCACACCCCCACAAUCAUCUCUGCUUCACUCCAGAGAAGAGACCAAAAAUGGCUACUUGUUCCAAUUCCCAUUUUACCCCUCUCACAUUCCUCUAUUUCCUUCUCUUCACUUCCACUUGUCCCUCCAUUUCAUCAGCCCUAAACAUCACCAAUCUCCUCUCCUCCUACUCCGAUCUCUCCUCCUUCUCCAACCUCCUCACCACCACCUCCGUCGCCACCGAUCUGACCCACCGCUCCUCCCUCACCCUCCUUGUCGUCCCCAACUCCUUCCUCCUCUCCUCCGAUCUGACCCACCACCCCUCCACCAUCUCCAUCCCCGACAUCCUCCGCUACCACGUCCUCCUCGAAUUCCUCUCUUGGUCCGACUUCCUCCACAUUCCCCCCUCUGGCAAACUCAUCACCACUCUCUACCAGACCACCGGCCGCGCCACCAACAACUUCGGCUCCCUCAACAUCACCCACGACCCCACCACCAACACCGUCCAAGUCCGCUCCCCCUCCUCCUCUUCCUCCGCCGCCAACGCCACCGUACUCUCUCUCAUCAAGACCCUUCCCUACAAUAUCAGCAUCUUCUCUGUCAAUUCACUCCUAAUCCCAUCUGGGUUCGAUCUAAUGGCCUCCGAGACUCGUCCCCCAUUGGGUCUCAACAUCACCAAAGCCCUCAUCGAUGGCCACAACUUCAACGUCGCUGCUUCCAUCCUCGCCGCCUCCGGCGUCGCCGACGAGUUUGCUCAGGACGAAGGCGGCGCCGGAAUCACCCUCUUCGUCCCUACCGACGACGCGUUUUCCGAUCUCCCUGCGACGGCGAGUUUCCAAUCGCUUCCCGCCGAUGAGAAAGCCACGGUGCUGAGAUUUCACGUUCUCCACUCGUACUACCCUCUCGGCUCCCUCGAAUCGAUUGUGAACCCGGUUCAACCCACCUUGGCCACGGAGGACAUGGGUGCCGGACGGUUCACACUGAACAUUUCUAGGGUUAAUGGGUCGGUGGCGAUCGAUACAGGAAUCGUUCAGGCUUCGGUGACACAGACUGUGUCUGAUCAAAACCCAGUUGCGAUUUUUGGGGUUUCGAGAGUUUUGUUGCCGAGAGAGAUAUUUGGGAAGAACCCAAUCGUUGAUAUUGCCGCUGGUGGCGCUCAGCCCCCUGAUGUUUCAUUAUCACCGGAGAAUUCGCCGGAAUUGUAUGGGCCACCGAGUCAUUUGUUAUCGCCGCUGGGUCAAGAAAUCCGAUCCGAAGCGGCCGGGAAUGGCGUACAGAGAUUCGUUCUUGCUCUUUGUUGUAUAGCGUUGUAUCUAUAGGUACGAGAUUGAUCAUUUCUCAUCAUAAUUAUUAAUUUUUUCUUUCUUUUUUUUUCUGAGUUUGUUUGUGUAUUUUUGCGAUUGAUUACCAUACGAGUAAUUGAAUAUGGGGGUUACAAAAUUAGCCUCUUUUUUUUUUUUUUUUUUUUUUUUUUAUGAUGAUGAUGAUGUUCGUUGUGUUGAUUUUGAAAUAAUUUAGAUGAAAGAGGACCAAUUUUGCUUCUAGAUUUGCAUUUUGUUGUUGUAAAAAGAUGAUCAAUGUUAUCAACUCAAUUGUGGAUUUUGAAUAAGCAUAUAUUUGGGUUUCUUUCUA